AUUAUUUAUUUCCAAAAAAAUUGUUGGACGUGUAUCGCACUGGGCAUAUGUAUUCUCGGUACCCGCCCUGAUGGGUUUGCAGCACUCUUAUUCAACAAUGCUUAGACUAUGCUGCGGUCUAUCGCCUUCUGCGUCGAAACUCUUAUCCCUCCCAACUUGCCGAUUCGCGAGGGUGAAGUUUUUUCGGAUUAGGGCGUUUGGAACGGCGGCCCCUGCCGCCGCUGAGAAGAACGGCGGCGACAUCUUCUUCGCGGAGGAUGACGUUUCCUGGAAGUCGCUCGGCGUUUCUGACCGCCUAUCUCGGUCUUUAUCUAGUAUUGGCUUUCAGAGGCCAUCUCUGGUUCAGGCUGCUUGCAUACCAAAUAUACUGUCUGGAGCUGAUGUCGUGGUUGCUGCCGAGACUGGUAGUGGCAAAACCCAUGGAUACUUGGUUCCAUUGAUCGAUAAGCUUUCUGAAAGUGGCGGUAUAUCAGGAGGGGAAGGUCUGUUGGAGAGGAAAGCAACAAAGUCCCGUCAACUUUCUCUUGUUCUAUGUCCAAAUGUCAUGCUGUGCGAGCAAGUGGUCAGAAUGGCUAACUGUCUUUGUAACAAUAGUGGCGAGCCAUUCCUCAAGGUUGCUGCUGUUUGUGGCCGACAGACAUGGCCAGUGAAAGAACCAGAUGUAAUGGUGUCAACGCCCGCUGCAAUUUUGAAUUAUAUUCACACAGUUGACUCAGAGAAUGGUCACCGCUCUGAUUUUAUACGUAGCUUGACACAUGUGGUUUUUGAUGAGGCAGACAUGCUUCUUUGUGGCAGUUUCCAAAACCAAGUCAUUCGACUCAUAAAUAUGCUUCGUUUUGAUGAAAAGCAACUGUCCCAUUUAAGCAAUCAUGAAGCUGAGAUGCUGACCAGGCGGAGUCCUGAUUCUCCUUUUGGCUGUGACCAAGAGGAUGUCAAUGGGGACUCGCUAGAAGAUUGCAACGACAAAGUUGAUGAUGUCGAAGAUGAUUCAAGCGCAACAGAAUCAGAAGUUGAUUGCAAGGUUGCCAAGAGAACAGAUUGGCGAAGAGUGAGAAAAACAUAUGAGAGAAGUAAGCAGUAUAUUUUUGUUGCUGCAACACUUCCUGUGAAUGGGAAGAAAACUGCCGGAGGAGUUUUAACACGGAUGUUUCCUUAUGCAUGCUGGGUCAGUGGAAACUACCUCCAUUGCCACAACCCAAGGUUGAAGCAGAAGUGGAUUGAAGUUACAACAGACACACAGGCCGAUGCUUUAAUAGAUUCUGUGAAAAAUGGAACCCAAUCCUCUGGAACACUUAGAACCAUGGUGUUUGCAAACACUGUUGAAGCCGUGGAAGCUGUAGCCAAGAUCUUGACGCGGGUUGGGAUCGAGUGUUUCUGCUACCACCGUAAUUGUUCCCUGGAGGAGCGCGCAGAAAAGCUAGCUGGCUUCCAACAGAGAGGCGGUGUUUUUGUUUGCACAGAUGCUGCUGCCCGCGGUCUCGACGUUCCUAAUGUUUCUCACGUUAUUCAGGCAGAAUUUGCAACAUCUGCUGUAGAUUUCUUGCAUAGGGUGGGUCGUACUGCUAGAGCCGGACAACCUGGGCUUGUGACCAGUCUCUAUACUGAAUCUAACCGGGAUCUUGUGGCUGCUGUUCGUCGAGCCGAAAACACGGGUGAACCAGUGGAAAAGGCCUUUAGUCGAAAGCGAAGCUUCAGAAAUAAACUUAAGAAGAGAGGUUCCAUCAACAAGAGUGUAGCUGAAGAAGAGCCUCUUCUCUCAUUAUGACAACAAAACAAAACAAAAACAAACAAACACAGAGGUAAGAAUCUCUAAUACACUCACAACACACAGACACUUACAUGAAUGAUUGGUCAACAGCAGCAACAAGAAGAGAGAAAGAGAGUUGCUACUUUUAUUAUAGGGUAGCAGGCAGAAGAAGAAGAAGAGGGGGGGGGGGGGGAUUGUAGGGUAGGGGUCCCCCCUGGGNCCCUGGGAGUUAAGGGCACUUGGGCUUGUUGCCAUGAGUGGUCAUGUCGGUGUAGCACUUGCCGCAGAGGUGGCGGUUGCCAAAGGUGCCAGGUGGGACGCACUUGCACCUGGUGCAGCAGGUCCCACAUGCUCUGCUGCACACAUUUGGCCUUGAAUGCGCGCUGCACCUCAUCUUGCACAGCCCUCCACAAUCUGCACACCCCCCCCCCCCAUUUCAACAAUCAAACAAACAAGUCCAUUUUCUUUUCUUUCCCUUUUUUCCUUGUCUGUAAUUUUAAAGUCUAGUUUGAUAUGAUUUUCUUUUAAUUUAAAACUAGAACUUUUUCUUUUGCAAUCUACGUUUAACACUAAUAAAUCUAUUAUAAUGUAGUAUCUGUUCGUGUAUUUGCUUUUUUUUUUCUUUCUUUGUCUGCAGGAUUGUAUGGACUGUGAGUUUCAGCUCUGUAUUUACAUUUGUACUUUUGUGUUUGUAGAUUAAAUAAUUGAAAUUCUUGUUGAUGUUUAAUCGAAAUUAUUCUUUCAAUUUAUUUAAAAAUUGAUGAGUAAUUUUUUUGGGACUGAGGGAAUAAUUUUUUUAAAGCAUAAAAUGAGCAUAAAAUAUACUCCCUCCGUUUGGAAAAACUCUUCCCAUUUGAUUUGGGGGAAAAAAUAAGAAAGUGUUAAAAUUAUAGUUGAUUUCCAAUUUUGCCCCUGAUGUGAUGGGUAAAAGUAAGAUGUGAUGGAUAGAUUAUUAGAGAAAAAGUAUGAUGUGAUAGGUAGGGUAUGAAAAAGUAAGGGUAAAAGUGGUUUUUUAAUAGAAAGGGGAAGUGUUUUGUUGGAAGUAGAAAAAAUAAAAGAGGAAGUGUUUUUGAGAACGGAGGGCAGUAGAAUUUGAGAGACAAAAUACAAAUGAAACGAGAAGUAAUUGAAACCUUACCGAGGAAAGGUAAGAGCCUUCUAUUGGGUCCCUUGACAACCUGGCCGGAUCGUUCCAAUUGUCAGUUUUUUUUUUUUUAAUUGCAGAGGGAUAUACAUCUCUAUUAUUGCUAUAUUAUUCUUUUGUCCUGAUUUAUUUGUCUAGCUGUUAAGGUUAGAAAAAAUUGUCCAAUUUUCAUAUUUUAAAAGAUAAAAUUGUAUGAAUUGUCCAACAUAUAUAUCCAUGUGGAAACAUUGAGUACAUAUAGUGACUACUAAUUGGAGUUGUCAAAAACAAUUUAAGAAAAAAUUGGAUUUGAAUUAUUGUGAGUAAGGAAAAUGAGCCAAAUGAGAAGGGAAUUGAAGUUAACAAAAUGCAUGUGGAAAACCAAAUUAAAACAGAAGACAAAUUAAAUCAAACCCGAGUUUGAGAGAAGGCCUCUUCCUCAUCAAGUUCAACUACUACAUCACAUGAAACCUGCAUGGAGUAAUGCCAAUCAUAUCUACUUCCUUAUAUAUCGUUUGACCAUGCAAAUAAUAUAUGACACUGUACAUA